AUGGCAAAUGCCUACAUUAAUAUUUUUUUCGUCACCCUCUUGUUCCUUACAGAAAAUUUUCAAAAUCCCUGUGUAUUCGGAACUACACAUUCUCUGCAGCUUCCCCUUACUGUGGUGAACAAUGCAGCUUCCCUAACAGGAAGGGUCUGCAACUACUCCAGAGUAUCUGCUCCAGCUGGUAGUUCUGCUUGGCCCCUGCCCUCAGCCUUUGGCAACUCUUUCCAACCACUGAUGGGUAUUACCUAUCUUGAUCAACAUUCUAGCAGAACAAUGCUGUCUGGAGUGUCUGGCCAGAGCCAGAUGUCCACUUCAGCUGCUUCCUACCCGAGUGUUUUGGAGUGGGAUAUUGCAGGAAAUGCUGAAAAGAAGUCUUCCAUGGGAGACUUUACUGUGACCUUUAUUGACCAAAACACUGUUGUCUCUUACAUGCCAAUAGCAGCUUGCUAUGAGAAAACCUUAGAUACCAACAACACGGUGUCUCUGUACCCAAUAGUUUCUGCCAGCCUUGUUGAGAGGACACCAUCUCAGGUUCCAAAUCAGAGUCAUAGCCUUUUGCUUCCCGACCAGGAAGGGAGCCAGGUGUUUUACUAUUAUCAGGGCACCCAGGGACCUCUCCUUUCUGGAGAACUGGAUCCCUGCCUGCAAUCCUAUGGCUCCAUGACAUUCACAGGAGGUAGGGGCUUUGCCCUCCAAACCUACAGCAAUGCAUCCCCACAAAUGGCUAUGGUUUUAAAGAGGUCCAGCCCACAAAGAACCGACCACCAGGCCCCACCACUGGAAUCUGCUACUCUGAUUCCUCAACCCAACACAGAAUCGAGUUAUCAAGGUGAGUAA